UCAAAAUGUUCUGGAGUCAAAACAGGAAACAGUCCAAAUGUGUGUCUUCACUCUGACUCUGGAUCAGAUCUCAGUGACAGACUGUGGACAUUAUGGAAGCCUAAAUGUGACACCAUCUUCCUCCUUCAUCUGCAGAUUAAAGCCAAACAAAGAUUCUCAUUAAAAGUCUGCAGGUCUGAGAGAGACUCAAUCGUUGUGUCAUGUCAAACACAACUGACUGAGUGUCGACUCUCAGAGUCUCACUGUGAAGUUGUGGCCUCAGCUCUGAAGUCCAACCCCUCCCAUCUGACAGAGCUGGACAUGAGUGAGACCAACCUGCAGGCUCCAUCAGUGAAGCUUCUGUGUGCUGGACUGGAGAGUCCAAACUGUCGACUGGAGACUCUGAGAUUGAGUUACUGUGGUUUGUCAAAGAUCAGCUGUGGUUAUCUGGCAGCAGCGCUGAAGUCCAACCCCUCCCAUCUGAGAGAGUUGGACCUGAGUAACAACAACAAGCUGCAGGAUUCAGGAGUGAAGCAUCUGUGUGGUUUCCUGGAGAGUCCAGGAUGUGGACUUGAAACUCUGAGAUUGUGGAGCUGUGGUUUGUCAGAGAUCAGCUGUGAUUAUCUGGCAGCAGCACUGAAGUCCAACCCCUCCCAUCUGAGACAGCUGGAGCUGAGUGACAACUACAAGCUGCAGGAUUCAGGAGUGAAGCAUCUGUGUGGUUUCCUGGAGAGUCCAGGAUGUGGACUUGAAACUCUGAGAUUGGGACGCUGUGGUUUGUCAGAGAUCAGCUGUGAUUAUCUGGCAGCAGCGCUGAAGUCCAACCCCUCCCAUCUGAGACAGCUGGAGCUGAGUAACAACUACAACCUGAAGGAUCCAGAUGUGAAGCAGCUGUCUGAUCUUCAGCAGAGUCCAGACUACAGACUGGAGACUGUGGUGCAGCAAGAAGGGGAGGGGGCUGGGCCCCCAUACACCCACCCGCCCACAACCCCGGCAACACACCAACCAGGACCCAAGCCCCCGAGGCCCGGCCAGGGCCCCAUCCCGGAUAUGGAGCACCCCCAGAACCCCAUGCCCGUCCCGGACCCACCCUGGGGCAGCCAGGCUACCAGGAACGCGUUGGGUGCCUGA